AUGGACAAAUAUGCCUCGUCUUCGUUUGGUGAGCCGUGUGGCACGGACAAUGGCCAGUGUACAGGACUCAAUGUUGAAUGUAACGACACAACAGACGGUUACUGCGUAUGUGGCCAAAACACGGAACUCUCCUCAUCAGGGACGGACUGCAAUGUGAUAGGCGAAGGUCGCCUUGGGGAUACGUGCACGAGUGACUCAGAUUGCUUCAUAGAACUAUUCUGUAAUGGCACAACGUGCGACUGUAGAAGUGGGUUUCGGCCGGUAACCCCAGAGGAGAAGCAAGCUUACGUGGACUACCCUUUGCAAUGCCGCCCAGAUACGUUUGAUUUAAAUUUCUGCCCAACAACAGAAGCGCCUACAACUACAACGAGCGCAGCAACAACAACGCCCACACUGACAACAGAGGUGCAGACUACCGUUACACUAGCCCCAGCCAGUUUAUUUACCUCGUGCUCCGACGAUUCCCAAUGUCCGGUGUCAGCCAGUUGUCGCCAACGAGAGUGUGAUGGACAAAUAUGCCUGUGUGUUAUAGGAUAUGUUCCGAAUGACAACGACAAUGGUUGCUUAACUGCGUCUUCGUUUGGUGAGCGGUGUGGUACAGACAAUGGUCAGUGUACAGGACUCAAUGUUGAAUGUAACGACACAACAGACGGUUACUGCGUAUGUGGCCAAAACACGGAACUCUCCUCAUCAGGGACGGACUGCAAUGUGAUAGGCGAAGGUCGCCUUGGGGAUACGUGCACGAGUGACUCAGAUUGCUUCAUAGAACUAUUCUGUAAUGGCACAACGUGCGACUGUAGAAGUGGGUUUCGGCCGGUUACCCCAGAGGAGAGGCAAGCUUACGUGGACUACCCUUUGCAAUGCCGCCCCGAUAUGUUUGAUUUAAAUUUCUGCCCAACAACAGAAGCGCCUACAACUACAACGAGCGCAGCAACAACAACGCCCACACUGACAACAGAGGUGCAGACUACCGUUACACUAGCCCCAGCCAGUUUAUUUACCUCGUGCUCUGACGAUUCUCAAUGUCCAGUGUCAGCCAGUUGUCGCCAAAGAGAGUGUGAUGGACAAAUAUGCCUGUGUGUUAUUGGAUAUGUUCCAAAUGACAGCGACAAUGGUUGCUUAACUGCGUCUUCGUUUGGUGAGCCGUGUGGAACGGACAAUGGCCAGUGUACAGGACUCAAUGUUGAAUGUAACGACACAACAGACGGUUACUGCGUAUGUGGCCAAAACACGGAACUCUCCUCAUCAGGGACGGACUGCAAUGUGAUAGGCGAAGGUCGCCUUGGGGAUACGUGCACGAGUGACUCAGAUUGCUUCAUAGAACUAUUCUGUAAUGGCACAACGUGCGACUGUAGAAGUGGGUUUCGGCCGGUUACCCCAGAGGAGAGGCAAGCUUACGUGGACUACCCUUUGCAAUGCCGCCCAGAUACGUUUGAUUUAAAUUUCUGCCCAACAACAGAAGCGCCUACAACUACAACGAGCGCAGCAACAACAACGCCCACACUGACAACAGAGGUGCAGACUACCGUUACACUAGCCCCAGCCAGUUUAUUUACCUCGUGCUCCGACGAUUCCCAAUGUCCGGUGUCAGCCAGUUGUCGCCAACGAGAGUGUGAUGGACAAAUAUGCCUGUGUGUUAUAGGAUAUGUUCCGAAUGACAACGACAAUGGUUGCUUAACUGCGUCUUCGUUUGGUGAGCGGUGUGGUACAGACAAUGGUCAGUGUACAGGACUCAAUGUUGAAUGUAACGACACAACAGACGGUUACUGCGUAUGUGGCCAAAACACGGAACUCUCCUCAUCAGGGACGGACUGCAAUGUGAUAGGCGAAGGUCGCCUUGGGGAUACGUGCACGAGUGACUCAGAUUGCUUCAUAGAACUAUUCUGUAAUGGCACAACGUGCGACUGUAGAAGUGGGUUUCGGCCGGUUACCCCAGAGGAGAGGCAAGCUUACGUGGACUACCCUUUGCAAUGCCGCCCCGAUAUGUUUGAUUUAAAUUUCUGCCCAACAACAGAAGCGCCUACAACUACAACGAGCGCAGCAACAACAACGCCCACACUGACAACAGAGGUGCAGACUACCGUUACACUAGCCCCAGCCAGUUUAUUUACCUCGUGCUCUGACGAUUCUCAAUGUCCAGUGUCAGCCAGUUGUCGCCAAAGAGAGUGUGAUGGACAAAUAUGCCUGUGUGUUAUUGGAUAUGUUCCAAAUGACAGCGACAAUGGUUGCUUAACUGCGUCUUCGUUUGGUGAGCCGUGUGGAACGGACAAUGGCCAGUGUACAGGACUCAAUGUUGAAUGUAACGACACAACAGACGGUUACUGCGUAUGUGGCCAAAACACGGAACUCUCCUCAUCAGGGACGGACUGCAAUGUGAUAGGCGAAGGUCGCCUUGGGGAUACGUGCACGAGUGACUCAGAUUGCUUCAUAGAACUAUUCUGUAAUGGCACAACGUGCGACUGUAGAAGUGGGUUUCGGCCGGUUACCCCAGAGGAGAAGCAAGCUUACGUGGACUACCCUUUGCAAUGCCGACCAGAUACGUUUGAUUUAAAUUUCUGCCCAACAACAGAAGCGCCUACAACUACAACGAGCGCAGCAACAACAACGCCCACACUGACAACAGAGGUGCAGACUACCGUUACACUAGCCCCAGCCAGUUUAUUUACCUCGUGCUCCGACGAUUCCCAAUGUCCGGUGUCAGCCAGUUGUCGCCAACGAGAGUGUGAUGGACAAAUAUGCCUGUGUGUUAUAGGAUAUGUUCCGAAUGACAACGACAAUGGUUGCUUAACUGCGUCUUCGUUUGGUGAGCGGUGUGGUACAGACAAUGGUCAGUGUACAGGACUCAAUGUUGAAUGUAACGACACAACAGACGGUUACUGCGUAUGUGGCCAAAACACGGAACUCUCCUCAUCAGGGACGGACUGCAAUGUGAUAGGCGAAGGUCGCCUUGGGGAUACGUGCACGAGUGACUCAGAUUGCUUCAUAGAACUAUUCUGUAAUGGCACAACGUGCGACUGUAGAAGUGGGUUUCGGCCGGUUACCCCAGAGGAGAGGCAAGCUUACGUGGACUACCCUUUGCAAUGCCGCCCCGAUAUGUUUGAUUUAAAUUUCUGCCCAACAACAGAAGCGCCUACAACUACAACGAGCGCAGCAACAACAACGCCCACACUGACAACAGAGGUGCAGACUACCGUUACACUAGCCCCAGCCAGUUUAUUUACCUCGUGCUCUGACGAUUCUCAAUGUCCAGUGUCAGCCAGUUGUCGCCAAAGAGAGUGUGAUGGACAAAUAUGCCUGUGUGUUAUUGGAUAUGUUCCAAAUGACAGCGACAAUGGUUGCUUAACUGCGUCUUCGUUUGGUGAGCCGUGUGGAACGGACAAUGGCCAGUGUACAGGACUCAAUGUUGAAUGUAACGACACAACAGACGGUUACUGCGUAUGUGGCCAAAACACGGAACUCUCCUCAUCAGGGACGGACUGCAAUGUGAUAGGCGAAGGUCGCCUUGGGGAUACGUGCACGAGUGACUCAGAUUGCUUCAUAGAACUAUUCUGUAAUGGCACAACGUGCGACUGUAGAAGUGGGUUUCGGCCGGUUACCCCAGAGGAGAGGCAAGCUUACGUGGACUACCCUUUGCAAUGCCGCCCAGAUACGUUUGAUUUAAAUUUCUGCCCAACAACAGAAGCGCCUACAACUACAACGAGCGCAGCAACAACAACGCCCACACUGACAACAGAGGUGCAGACUACCGUUACACUAGCCCCAGCCAGUUUAUUUACCUCGUGCUCCGACGAUUCCCAAUGUCCGGUGUCAGCCAGUUGUCGCCAACGAGAGUGUGAUGGACAAAUAUGCCUGUGUGUUAUAGGAUAUGUUCCGAAUGACAACGACAAUGGUUGCUUAACUGCGUCUUCGUUUGGUGAGCGGUGUGGUACAGACAAUGGUCAGUGUACAGGACUCAAUGUUGAAUGUAACGACACAACAGACGGUUACUGCGUAUGUGGCCAAAACACGGAACUCUCCUCAUCAGGGACGGACUGCAAUGUGAUAGGCGAAGGUCGCCUUGGGGAUACGUGCACGAGUGACUCAGAUUGCUUCAUAGAACUAUUCUGUAAUGGCACAACGUGCGACUGUAGAAGUGGGUUUCGGCCGGUUACCCCAGAGGAGAGAUUUCUGCCCAACAACAGAAGCGCCUACAACUACAACGAGCGCAGCAACAACAACGCCCACACUGACAACAGAGGUGCAGACUACCGUUACACUAGCCCCAGCCAGUUUAUUUACCUCGUGCUCUGA